AUGGUUUCUGCUGCUACCGCUAACCUCAAGUCCUCCGGUAUGACCUAUCGCUUCCUCGGUAACUCCGGGUUACUCGUCUCCAAGCUCUCGCUUGGCAGCUGGAUGGACGUCAAAGACAACUACACGGCCGACGCAUGGUACAACAUGAUGAAGCUGGCUUUCGAGCACGGAGUCAACCUCUUCGACACUGCUGAGGGUUACGGCGGGGGUCUCGCUGAGAGAAAUCUGGGUGCCGCUGUCAAGAAGGGCAUCGCCGAAGGAACGUGGCACCGCGAGGAUCUCGUCAUCACCACCAAGAUCUUCUUCGGGCCGAAGCCAUAUGAAACUGUGCAUGAAUCUGGCCCCAACGAGCAGGGCUUAAGCCGCAAGCACAUCGUGGAAGGCACAAAGGCUUCUUUGAAGCUACUGGAUCAGGAGUACGUCGACGUCAUCUUUUGCCACCGUCCCGACCCGUACACUCCCAUUGAGGAGACUGUCCGAGCCAUGAACUUUGUCAUCGACCAGGACUGGGCCUUCUACUGGGGUACCAGCCAGUGGAGCGCUGCUCAGAUCAUCGAAGCGUGUGAGACCGCAGACCGUCUUGGCCUCAUCCGUCCCAUCGUGGAGCAGUCGAUCUACAGCAUCUUGGAUCGCAACAAAGUGGACUUCGAGUACGUCGACCUGUACAAGAAGUACAAACUCGGCCUCACGACCUGGUCACCUCUUGCGUAUGGCGCACUGACAGGCAAGUACAGUUCUGGUACGCCUGCGGGUUCUCGUAUGGAGGAUCCGCUGUUCAAGGCUUCCACACCGGACUUUGCGGAGCGUGUAGCCAAGGCGGACAAGCUUAAGCCGGUGGCCGAGAAGCUCGGCAUCUCUAUGGCGGAGCUGGCACUGGCCUGGUGUGUCAGUAAUGAGAAUGUGUCGACGGUCAUGAUUGGCGCCAAGACGCCGACGCAGCUGGAGCAAAACCUAAAGGCCAUCGAAGCGGUCUCGAAGAUCACGCCGGACGUGAAGGCGGAGAUCGAUGCACUGAUUCCGUUUGUGCCGGAGCUACUGAAGACAGACGGAUCUGAGGCGCUGCGUGCGCAGCACCUGUAAGCUGUCGGUCUUGCUGGCUUAGUGUUGUAGAUUUCUUUUGCAGCAACUCGUUUUUAAGCAGUAGUGUUUGUGUAAAUGAAAACAUAACACUUUGCUAUUCGCGA